AAUCAAAAAUCAAAAGUUUUGUAGUAUUUUUGUGUAGCGAAUAUUAUUUUUAGAUCUUGUAAAAAACCUGUACUUUUUGGAGCGUCCCCAUUUUGUUCUAAAGAAAAUAUAAUAAAACAUUUUAUCGGAGUUAAAGAAAUAUGUUUACUAAAAUAUAAUGAAAUUAUACAUAAAGAUUAAAUCCUCCUUAUAUUCAAGAGCUUUACGAAUUGCCAAAUGUUAGAAAUCAUGCGCAUACAGUAAACUUUUACAAUGCAAUCGAUAAAUAAUAAAAAUAUGCACAAUGUAUUUUCGUGUUAAAUAUUGAGAGGAAAGAACUUCAAGCACAGUCCUAAAAUGCGUUUUCAUAAAAGAUCCAAGUUUACCAGAUCAUAAUAGUAAUAUAUUUGAAAAAUUUACUGAAUUCGACGAAUAAAGGUCGUCGAUGUACGGGCUGCCGGUUAUGAACUUCGAAACCUAUACCUAACCAAUUUAGGGAUCUACUCUUUGUGACCUGGGGAAUGUUGUUGAUGUUUGGAAAGUGAAUUAAAAUGCAUUCAGUGGGCAUUCAUUCCGCAAUGGCGAUCAAAAGGCAACGGAAACGUCGUGAUGAACAAAAAAGGGCUCGGGAAAGACGCUAUAGCACGCAAAGUUCUGAGAGCGGCGAAACAUUUCAUUCUCCAACAGGAUCUGUGAGACGAAAAUAUCACCACCCUCGGCAUGCAGUUAGUCCCGGCACCGGAAUGCUUGACAGCCAGGUAGUUACUAGUAUUGGCAUGUUGCAUAUAGGUAUUGUAUUCGUUGUGUUUGGAGUUUUUCUUUGCGGCGCUGGUAUUAUUCCAGACGAAACUAUGUCAUGGAACGUAUUUAGCUCAAGCUCAGCAUGGUGGAAUGAAGUUACUUGCACAGGAUUAUUUUCCCUUGGACUGGGACUGUUUUUACUAAUUUUAAACUGUCUUAUAAGUCGAAAGGAGGAGGAGGAUCUUGAAGACUAUGUACAACGUCAACUAACUCGAUCUCGAUCUGGACACCGACUUGAAAGAGAUGUUGAAACUGGUGUUUUGACAACGCGCCAUGCUCGAAAAGCGGUUGCUUUACAAAAGGGUGGACGUAAUAACUCUCCUACAGAUGUUUCCGUCGUAAAUUGCAGUUCUGCUGAAAAUAUGUGCAAUGGACCGAUAGUUGGCCAUAAUGUCUUAAACAGCUCUGAUGCUUUCCUCGAAAAAAUUGUGGAGGAAGAUACUACUUAUUUAAACGACCGUAGCUCUGGAAUAUCUCCGAUUGAUUUAGAAAAUGAUAAGAAGCUGUUAUUAAGAAGAGAAUCUAUAAAUGACGCAAUCAAUAUAACACGUAUUUAAGAAGCUUCUUUUUUUACGCCUUACAAAAAGUAUUUGAACUGAUGGAAAUCACUUUUUAAAAUCCAAAUGUUUUACAAUACAAUAAUCAUAUAUCUUCUUUGUCACUUUCGAUUGAAAUACAUUUAUAAACACUGCAUAAUCAAUGUAACAAAAUCCUUAAGGGAAAGUUUUAGUUAAAAAAAAAAUGAAUUUUUUAAUAGCCUUAUAAUCAUGCGUGACAGUAUUGUAUACCCAAUAACGAAAAUGGCGUUAAAUUUCAUUGCUUGUUACUCGUAGAGUAAAGGGGUUACUCGUAGAGUAUACAUUCAUUGAAAAGUAAUAGAUAAGAUAUUAGGAUAAAUAUCCAAAACCAUCUAGCCACGUCUGUCUGUCCUAAUAAACCCAAAAAACCAGCGCGCCCACAUUAUAAAAAAUGUUUAAUUUUUAAUUAAGUUUUUAACAUUACCUAGCGAACAAUGUGUCAAAUACGUUGGAAAUCGGAUUUUUAUUUUAAAAUCUAUGGCUUGAGGUCUCUGUGUUACUUCUUGAUUAAUUUUCUUAUUAUUUCGAUUUCAUGAUUUCCUGGGUGAUAGCCAACCCAGGUAAGAAUUGAGAAUAAAAUUAAAAAAUGAA